CUCAGACUAUAGUCCAGAAUAAAUAAUUCUGCACAGGUGAGGCACGUCAGGCCUGAGGGCAGAACAAACCAACGAGAUCCGGAACAGAAGUAGAACUGUUCUGCCGUCUCGUGAAGUAAUCCCAGGAAUUCUAAUUUCUCAGUGCGAGUUAAAACAUGGAAAUAUCCCUUUAAUCUCAUCAACAACCCUCGCAAACUACAACCACCGUCACAGACGGCUGGUUCGCGAGUUGAAAUGUUGACAUACGACCACAGUCAAACCUGGGGCUCUUCCCUCCGAGCCGUUUGUUCAGAAACUGUCACGGGUACAGGAAGAACCCAACAGCGCCACCACCGGGUCGGGAUCAUUAUUGGAAGCUAACAGAGCACUUCGGCUAGCAAAUGAGGCAACAUCUAGAAACAACAGGCGGGGGGAUCGUAGACCACAACAGGAGACCGGUGGGUUACCGCUGUUGGCGGCGGGUCAGGUCUGGAUCAAAUAACAAGUUCCCGGGAAGGCAGGGAGGCAAAGGCAGGAGUUGAUCAAAGGAGCGAAGGCGCACGGAAGGCACAUUAAAGGAACGGCGCCAUCAACAGAUGGACCUUCAUCGUCGGACAAACUAUUUAAACUAGUUGCUCUCACCCACUCGACCAGUUUUCCUAGCCUCCAAACUUCCUGUGUUUGACUUUGUCCUUAGUCGUUUAAAUAGGAUUUCUUUUUCCCCAUUUCAGCAGUAGAGCCAGUCAGGUCCUGAGUGGUUUGUUCGCUCGCUCUGCCUCUCUCUCUAUCUGCUGCUUUUUUUAAAUCUAAAACCUCUGCUGCUUUUGACAAUUUACCAAAAAAAAAAAAAUGGAAUCAAAUAUUAGGCACAGGGGCUACGUCCAGUCCAUCAGUGAUUCUCGGCCGAGCUCCGAUCUUUUAACGGAAGAAAGCAAAAUGAACAAGAAGCCCAGGAUCAGGGUUCUGAUUGUCCUCCUGGUGGCAGCAGUGAGCCUCGCCUGUGGGGUCUUCCUCUUCUUGCUGGUGUCCCCCCCCUCAAACAUCUUCUCGAAGGCUGCAGUGGCUGCCGAUGCUAAGACCUGUUCGGAAAUUGGGAGGGACAUACUGAAGAAAAACGGUUCCGCCGUUGAUGCGUCAAUCGCCACUCUGCUGUGUGUCAGCCUGUUGAACGCGCACAGCGUCGGCAUAGGAGGAGGGUCUAACUAUGUCAUCUACAACGCCUCCACAGGUCCGUGUCUGAAUGUUUACUGUGGAAAGGGGUCGGGGUCGGAGGGGGGUCACCAUUUUGAUCUAAUUGUCUGCUCAACAGGAAAAGUGGAGACCAUCAAUGCCAGAGAGACGGCGCCGAGCAACGCUGUUGAAGAUAUGUUCGGGGACAAUGACCAACUUGCUCGGAAAGGAGCGUUGACCAUAGGCAUUCCCGGGGAGCUGCGUGGGUACGAGAUGGCGCACAAGAGACACGGCCGACUGCCAUGGAGGGAACUGUUCCAGCCCAGCAUCGCUUUAGCUCGGAAAGGCUUUCCUAUCGGAAAAGCUCUGGCUUUAGCCAUCACCACGCACAAGGAAGACAUUGAAGGAAACGCCGCCCUGUGUGAAGUUUUCUGUGAUUCCGAAAAAAACAUCCUGAAGGAAAAUGACAUCAUUCGAUUUCCUAAGCUGGCGGAGACCUAUCAGAGAAUAGCAGAGGAGGGUCCUGAUUUGUUCUACGAGGGCUCCAUCGCCAAAGCCAUUGUCAGUGAGGUACAGGAAGCAGGUGGUAUUAUCACACUGGAGGAUCUGAGGGAGUAUCAGCCUGAGUUAAACGAGAAGCCUCUCAAGGCCAAAGUUGGACAGUUCACCAUGUACGUCCCCAACGCCGCCACCGGUGGUCCAGUGGUGGCAUUCAUACUCAACAUAUUGAAUGGAUACAACUUCUCCGACAAGAGCGUCUCCACGACAGAGCAGAAGAUCCUGACGUAUCACCGAAUAGUAGAGGCGUUUCGGUUUGGCUACGCCAAGAGAAGUGAGCUUGGAGACCCCCGUUAUAUGGACAUGACGGAGCUCAUCAACAACAUGACCUCCGACGUCUACGCAGAACAGAUAAGGAGCAAAAUUAUGGACCACACCACCUUCCCAGAAGGUUACUAUGGAAACAUGAAUUCCGUCCCAGAGACACACGGGACGUCUCAUGUGUCAGUGGUGGACGAAGAUGGUAAUGCAGUAGCAGUAACCAGCACCAUAAACUUAUAUUUUGGUUCCCAGGUGAUGUCUCCCUCUACUGGAAUCAUUCUGAACAGUCAAAUGUUUGAUUUCAAUCAUCCCGAUGGAGUGCAGGGCUUCAGAAAACCUCACAACCUCAACAACCUCAUCCAACCAGGCAAAAAGCCGCUGUCGUCCAUGUGUCCAGCGAUCAUCUUUGACAAAGACCACAAACUGAAGAUGGUUAUAGGAGCAGCUGGGGGCACCAAGAUACCCACCGGCAUAGCCUCGGUGAUCCUGAACUCCCUGUUCUUCAACUACGACCUGAAGAGAGCUUUGGCCGAGAGCAGGAUCCACAACCAGCUGGACCCCAACACCACACUGGUAGAACCGGGCUUCGACCAGGACGUGCUAGAAGGUCUGGUACAGAAGAACCACUACACAAAGAUCAGGAACACUAAAACUCCACACACGGUCAUCCAGGUGGUGCUGCGGCAAGACGACCAUCUCGUUGCAGAGUCUGACCCCAGGAAAGGAGGCUCUCCUGCGGGGUACUGAUGGCGAUAAUGUCCGGCUCUUGAGCUGAGAGUCGGCCAACGAGUUCUGCUGAUACUUUUCAGGUUUCUACAAAAACACAAACAGGUUAUCAUCGUCUUGCUGUAACGUAGGGCAACCACACCGACCACUUCUGCCACCGUGUGGCCUCUUAGAAUAAGGCGUUGAUUAUCAUUAUUACAGUUCACCUUUUGAACAUUGUCAAAGUUUUUCUAGGUAGAACGACGGUUGUCCUCGUGGUUGGAGUCACCCCGUGCCCGUAACAUAAGUUUAAAAUUGAAAUGAUAAAUGUUUAAUAUGAAGUAGGGGCACGUACUGUACAUUUGUAAUAUAUUCAGAAAAAGUAUAUUUGCAGAUGCCUUUUCGUAAACACACCUCAUUUCUACGACACGUUUGCCGCCAUGCUUUUCAAUAAACAUUUUGAAACAAGAA